UUAUACAGUGGUGACUUGGAUACACGUCAUUUCGCCGGGAGAAAAAUCCCCGGAAAAAUUCAUUUUUAUCGCUUUUCUUAUCAGUGAAUGCCCUCUAAUUGUUUACUUACUCACUGCCAAGUGCAUCGGGAUUAGUUCUCUGAAGGAUUUUGCAGUUUUCCGCGAGGUUUUCCGGGUGUUUUCACAGCCACACGACGAGAUGAGUGGCGAAGAGAUGCUGGGGAGGUUCGUGAGCCUCGGCAUGACCGAGCAGAAGGCCAAGGAGACGCUCAAGAACGCCAAUGUGACGAAGAAUCUCACGGAAGCGCUGAAAGGCGUCGAUGUGGCAACUUUGCCGGAGGGCGCAGGAAUGCUUCUCUACCACAUGGCGUCCAAGAUAAAGCCCCAGAUCCUGGGUCACCUCGGCUUCCUGGCGGAGUACAUAAAGACCCAGAAGCUGGACUCAAUUCCGCGCGUCGACGCCGCGCUGGAGUUCCUGCUGACGCACGGAAGCAAGAGCGGCGCUUCCGUGAGUGUUCCGGACUUCGAGAGCGCCUGCGGCGUGGGAAUUGUGGUGACGCCUGAGGAGAUCGACAGGGCAGUGGAGAAGGUGAUCGGGAAGAGCCGCGAGGCGAUUGUGGAGCAGCGAUAUCGCUUCAACGUCGGCAAGAUCAUGCAGGAAGUGCGCUCAGCGCUGCCCUGGGCGGACGGGAAGGCGGUGAAGAGUGAGGUGGAGGUGCAGAUCUUCGACUUGCUGGGGCCCAAGACGGAGGCGGACCUGGCGCCGCCGCCCAAGGCGGAGAAGAAGCCCAAGAAGGCGGAAGCCGAGGUGAAAGUCGCCGUCCAGACGGAUUCGGCGGACGGCGCGCGGGAUAUUGCCGAGCUGAUGCGCACCAAGGUGCACUUCCACGCGCCCGGGGAGAACUACAAGACGGACGGCUACGUGGUGACGCCGUCCACGGAGCGGCUGCUCAAGGAGCACCUCAAAGCCACCGGCGGCAAGGUGCGGACGCGCUUCCCGCCGGAGCCCAACGGCAUCCUGCACAUCGGUCACGCCAAGGCCAUCAACAUCAACUUCGGCUACGCCCAGGCGCACGGCGGCGUCUGUCUGCUGCGCUACGACGACACGAAUCCCGAGAAGGAGGAGGAGAAGUUCUUCGCCGGCAUCCGCGACAUGGUGGAGUGGCUGGGCUACACGCCGGCGCGCAUCACGCACUCCAGCGACAACUUCCAGCAGCUGUACGACUGGGCGCUGCUGCUCAUCCGCCGCGGCCUGGCGUACGUCUGCCACCAGAGCGGCGAGCAGAUGAAGGGUUUCAGCGCGCCGCCGUCGCCGUGGCGCGACCGGCCGGCGGCCGAGAGUCUGCUGCUGUUCGAGGACAUGCGCCGCGGCAAGAUCGCCGAGGGCGCGGCCACGCUGCGCAUGAAGAUCACGCUGGAGGAGGGCAAGCAGGAUCCGGUGGCGUACAGGAUCAAGUUCAUCCCGCAUCCGCGCACGAGCGACUGGUGCAUCUAUCCGACGUACGAUUACACGCACUGCUUGUGCGACAGCAUCGAGAACAUCACGCACAGUCUGUGCACGAAGGAGUUCCAGUCGCGGCGCAGCUCGUACUACUGGCUCUGCAACGCGCUGGACAUCUACUGCCCGGUGCAGUGGGAGUACGGCCGGCUCAACGUCAACUACACCGUCGUGUCGAAGCGCAAGAUCGCGCGCCUGAUCGCCGAGCGCAUCGUGCAGGAUUGGGACGAUCCGCGCCUGUUCACGCUCACGGCGCUGCGCCGCCGCGGCUUCCCGGCCGAGGCCGUGAACAACUUCUGCGCCCAGAUGGGCGUCACGGGCGCCCAGGGCAGCGUGGAUCCGGCGAUGCUGGACGCCGCGGCGCGCGACGUGCUCAAUUCCACGGCGCCGCGCACGCUCGUCGUGCUGGAGCCGCUCAAAGUGACGCUCACGAACUUCCCCUACUCAGGCGCCGUAGUCAGGCGGGUGGAGAACUUCCCGGGCAGUCCAGAGCGUGGCUUCCACGAGAUCUGCCUGGAUCGCGAGCUCUUCAUUGAGCGCUCGGACUUCAAAGAGGCGCCAGAGAAAGGCUUCCGCCGCCUCUCGCCCACGCAAUCCGUCGGUCUGCGACACGCCGGCCUCGUCAUCAACGUCGAGGAGGUGGUGAGAGACGCCUCGGGUGCUGUCCAGGAGCUGCGAUGCUCUUGCAAGGAGCUGAAGGACGCGGAGAAGCCCAAGGCUUUCGUGCAGUUCGUCUCGCGGCCGUUGAACAUCGAAGUGCGGCUGUACGAGCCGCUCUUCCGCCACAAGAACCCAGAGGAUCCCAACGAGGUGCCCGGCGGCUUCCUCAGCGACUGCAAUCCCGACUCCCUGACCGUCGUCCGGGCGCUGGCGGACGCGAGUCUGCGCGACGCCAAGAUUCACGAGAAGUUCCAGUUCGAGCGCAUCGGCUUCUUCUCCGUGGAUCCGGACUCGACGCCGCACAAGCUGGUCUUCAACCGCACCGUGACGCUGAAGGAGGACGCCGGGAAGGCGUGAUGACCCCCAAAUUGUGGCCAAUAAAGCGGAGAAAAUCUUGAA